ACACACUACGUACACACGGUGACAAGAGGCGACCGUGUAUUUCGUCAGUUUCAACACUUCAAGAAGCGAAGUACUAACAUUCUGGGGAACAAAACUUUUUAAAAAUUAGUAUAAAACAUUGUAUUUUUGUUUUAGAUCAUGGCUGCGGAGGACUGGCUGAACAGCAGUAUCACACUUUGUGAGCUGAUGGUCGUAUCUGACAAUGACAUGAACAUGGCUAACAGCAAGGUGACAAGAGAGGACGAGUGCGCCAAGCAGCCAUGCUCUUCUGCGGCGUCCAACAAUCAGUCGUCCAUCUUCUGUCUUCUGGACAUGUACGCGCACACCAUCGACAAGGUUUUGAGGAGAGAGGAGAGUGCACACGACGUGCCUCAACAGGCCUUGUACGCCUCAGAGAUGCAGCAGGUCAAGGAGAACUUCGUCUUCACCACCGCUGCUACUGCUGCCGUAGUCUGCGACUUUGCUCAGGCUCUAGCUGAUGAUAUCAUCAAGGCAGCCACUUACCGCCACCGUGGUAACAGCGGGAACAUGGAGGAAAAGGACGACAUGUCACCCGUUACGUGCCACGGCAGCGUGGGAGGAUUAGGACACGGUAGCAGCGACAGCGGGGCCUCACAACACUGUGUCUUUGAUCCCAAUGCAAAUGUGCUGUGGCGAGACGACCAGGAAUGCAAAGUCGUCGACGACCGCCGCCAAUGCGGCAAUGAGAUGAGCUUAGCGGGGCAUGUGGCGUCCUCCAUUUUACGAGCGGCCCUGAGGGAAGCGGCACAACCAGGCAGAGACGAACACGGCCACGCUUAUCAGGCGUCCUCGAUCAUACAGGCGGCUUUGAAUGAAGCGACCAUACCCGUCAGAGAGGACCAACCACACAGCCAUGCAGCAGAUCAAGCGUCUGCGAUCAUACAAGCGGCUUUGAGAGAGGCAAUAAAACCAGGCGGGGAUGAUGAGCACGGCCACGCGGAUGAAGCAUCUGCAAUCAUACAAGCGGCCUUGAAGGAAGUGACAAAACCAUCAGGUGGCUCGCCACAGUCGACUGCUCGAGGAUCAGUUUCAGUCUGUAGUGCGGCGGUUUCGAGUGCGAAUGAGGAAGAACGUGGCCACACGGGUCAGAUUGCGAUUCACGGAGUGCAGCAUAACGCACAGCCUCCAAGUGAUGACCAAGUUCUGCCUGAACACAUGGAUAUGCAAGAAUCGUCUGACGUGGAGGACAUGGAUGUGAGCUCGGAUAAUGAGUCUGCAUUUACCCCUGCAUCCUCAAGGGGGAGCUGUGAAGCAUCUGCAGGUGCCUCGAAACCCACUGCAGCGGGAGGUUUGCUAUCACAGGCCAGCCUAGCCAGCAACCAAUCGCUGGACUACCCGGACGCCCCACCAAGCACCCCGUUGGUCUCCACGGGUGUCACUCAGAGCAGAGCCAGCUUCUGCAGGAAGCUGAAAGGGGGCCUCGCCAAAGAGUUCCUCCCGGACCCGCCCCCUCCGACGCCCAACAAAAAACAAAACGCCAGCCACCACCAGCAGCUGAGCGACUGCUGUGAUGACGGGAACGUCGCAGGAAACACGGCCAAGUUCGUCGAGCAUCUGAUGCGAUCCCUGUCACUGUGUGAGCGCUCGGAUGGAACGGACGCUGCGGUAGACACUGAUAGCAGAAAGUCAAGGGGAGGGUACCAAGAAUUGUUCGGCUAUGCGCAACAACUAUCUGCAGACAUCGUGAAACGCGCCACCACCACCACCACCACCACGUCAGGUGACGGGAGGGAAGAAGGUUUCGUAGACCGACUGAUGUGGUCCCUGUCACUCGAAUGUGCUGACGACACGCUGGUCGAGGUCAUGGAGGACGGUUGGAGGCCUCGGCAGAAGACGGCCGGCGAAGUGGCGCUCGACGGCUUUGCCGACCAUCUGGCCUCUGAGCUCAUCUGCUGCGCCUCCAGAAACUACGCUUUGCUGUCGCAGCGGCGAAGACUCCACAAGGCCGCCCGGGACAGCGUCUUCUCGUUCGCCGAGCACUUUGUCGACGAGAUACUCGAAGACACCUACGGUGAAGUGAUCGAUCGAGCAAUGAGGAUUGUGAGCGAGGUGAACCCUGCUGCGAGCCUAACGAAUCAGCAAGGAUCAGAAAGCGAAACAUCGCCAGACACUGAGGAAAUGGAGGGUAGUAGGAACUCGAGCCAAUUUCAAGACAACGAGCCAACACCAACUUCACCCCAAUCCCCAACAACCAAUCAGAGCGCAUGGAGUCAAGAAGAAGAACAGCAAGAAAAUGGUGGGCUGGAGACAGCAGCAGCAGGGCUGAGAGAGUUAGCCGACGAGCUGCUCGUCACUGCAUUGGCUCAGGCUCUCACAGAGCUGCAGGAGUCUGUUUUAUAUCCUGUCAGUGGCACCGGUCCAGUGAGUCCUCCAGGCCCACCACCAUCAUCAUCAUCAUCAUCAUCAUCAUUAUCACAUAAGACCUCCAGUACCCUUGGGACAUCUACACAUGGCGCCUCCUCCUCAUCCUCCUCCUCGCCUCACAGUCGUCACGGCAACACUGAGCACUCCAAUCAGGCUGCAAAUGGUAGAAUGUCGAGGCCCGAUUACGUCACCUCGCGGCGCGCCGUGGUGGACUGCUUCGCCGAACACCUGGCCAUGGAGGUGAUCGACGUCUCAGCGAAGGUGGCCUCGAAGCGCCGCCAUGACGAUGGGAAAACACGCCGACCUCGUUACAUGAACGGUUCCCAGCAUAGGGACGAGGGGGAGGAAGAUGAUGAGGAUGAGGAUGAGGAGGGGGAGGCAACGCAGAGACGACGGAGGGGGCCUGUAGCAAGGGCAGCCCUCGGGACACACAUGUGCAGUACCAGCAAUCAACUGAAGGGGGCUCUGCUCUGGGCUGCAGCUUCUCAGCAAGGGGUCCGGACACUCGCACUGAGCACAGCAGACAGCCAGCUUCAAACGCAGUUCAGAGGUGUUGCGCAGGCCUCGCAGUUGGCCGGCUGGACAGUUGGGGGCCUGGUGAGAUCGCUGCUGCAGCACUGCACGCACCUUUGCCAUUCCUCCAGCAGAGGGAGCUCUCACAGUGAGCUUCACCCACUCGCCUACCUGCAGGAGCUGGCAGGAGUGAGCCCCUGAGGAGAUGCUAUACACCCAACACCGCGGGUCCCUUUCAGUAGCUCACCUCCCAUCCUAUCCUUUUGCCUGUGACCUCAUGCUUCGCUGAUGCCAUGGCUCUGUGGCAAAAACAAUGGUUGUUUCCUCACUGUCAGCUUAGACAAAAUUGGGGGAUUUCUACCCCUGUUUUACCCCCAUUUCUCAUUGCAAGUGAGGAAAUUACCUUUAAAUAGUGCUUUUUGUGAGAUAUUGGAUAAAACUUCUGUCGGCAAUGACGUCUUGCCUCACACCACAAGGGCACACAAGUGAAAGGCGAGGACAGGAGGAUAGAUAUUGAGUUGGGCCCCACAUCACAUCCCCACCACAUGUGAUUCAGAGCACAGUUACAGAGAAAUAUGACCAAAGACAGAGCACAAAAUAGAUUUCAAUAUAAUAUAUUUAAUGUUUUCUUUUAUUUUAAGUUUUAAAAAAUCUUUUUUUGCUUGACAAUAUGAUAUUUUGAAGUUUAAGGGGGAAUGAUGAAAUUUAAAUCCCUUCAGAGAUUAUAUAUGUCAGACAUAUUGAAUGUAAAAUAUAGGGACCUAAUAAUAAAAAUCUAUUA